UUAAAUACACAACUUUUACUAUGGACAUUUUUUAACAGAUUGACAAGGAAAUAUGAUUAGCUCGAAAACAAAUCUUAAAGGAAACGAUGCGCAGAUCUCUGGAUACUUGCGUAUCGCAAAAGCUCCAGAUAUUGAUGAUUCUGACGAGGAGCGCGAGCUAACAAAUUUAAAUUGGUUAUUACGUAAUCAAAAUCUGACGUGGUCGAAGACAAUUGAUGCCAGCUCCGAGGAUGAUAUUAAUAUUCAAGCUGGCAAUCGGAAUCUGACCACUGAGAUUGAAACAUUUAAUUCCCACAAGAUAUUAAAACCGUUAGAACAAUGUUCUUCGAAAAAUUCAGCAAAUAAAUCUCUUAUCCGAAACCUUAUCAGCUGCCCCGACUCCAGAAAACAAAACUCAUCAUCAGUAUUGUUAAAGCGUCCAACACCAGCGGAGAGAUACGAUAUUUUUAUUAACAAAAUUAAAAGCGAUUUGGCAGAGUAUGAAAAAUCUGCUAAUAUAUAUAGGACAGAUGUAACUCACAAGCCACCAUUUAACUACUCCCAUAUUAUUGGGAUGGCGAUGCUCGAAAACGGACGGGUUACACUUCAGCAAAUUUGUGCAUGGAUUGAGUCAAAAUUCGCAUUUUUCCGAGUGCGUAAAAAAUGGAAUAAUUCGAUUAGGCAUAAUCUGUCGUUGCAUCAUUGCUUUCGCAAUCGUAAACGUGAGGAAAAGGGCAAAGGAGGAUAUUGGGAACUAGGAGUGGAUCUAAGAAAAUGUGAUAGAAAACGGAUAAGAAAUCGCAAAUCAACCAACUCAAAGUCAAACCAUUCAUCGCCAGAGACUAAAAACUGUCAAACUCUUUUAACAAAAUGCCAGUUGGCCAAUUCGAAAAAUGCCGGAAGACCUCAGGAUCGGUCUCCAAGCCUGUCAUCACAUUAUAUGCUGAAUGAGAGGCCACAACCAUCUAGUCCUAAAAAUAAUAGUGCUGAACACGAUGUACAAUUGGAUUGCCUGACCGUAACUGAAGUAGAGGUGGGCCUAGGUGAUGGGUUAACAUUAUCAAACGGCUCACACGAUCGUGACGCCACUUUUCUAUACCCAGAUUCCUCGUUCACACCUUCUUCAAACAAUGAAGCUUUUCUACCGCAUCAAUAUGAGCUAGGUACCAUUAUAAUUAGCACCACAGGCACUAUCGAUGACCCUUCGUGCAUCAAUAGUAUAAUCAAUAAUAAGUUGGACUGUUCUAGUAUGAUCUAUACCGAGGAUGACAUUCCAACAGCUAGUGAAAAUAUUAUCAUAUCGUCAAAUAAAAUGGAUUCCAAUAAGGAAAGUAAUAUAGCAUUGGUAGCACCUAUCACCUCCAAUUCUGAGAUCACGAGCAAUGUUCCCAUUAAUUAUGACUGCUCCAAUUUUCGACCAUACAUUGACUGCAUUGACGAGUCAUAUAAUUACCUACAUAGCAAUGAGUUAAAUCGCAAUGAGGAUAUUUUAGAUAACCUUCUGGACGACUGUGCUAGAGAUUAUUGAAUGACAAAUAUCGCCAA